GUUUCAAUUUUUCACACUUCCAUUUUUCUCUUAGUUUUUGAUUUUUGCAUGCACAAUCUUCUGUUUUUAUCCAUUUUUCUAUGAUAUUUGCAUCCUUAUUUGUUUGUGUACUGUGGCUCUUGGAUUUGCAUGGUUGUUACAUGAAGGAUCUGAGCUUUUUUGAGCUCUGAUUCUGAAAAAUCUGACUGGAGAAUCAGACAAUCAACAUGCAAGGAGGAAUGAGAGCAAUCUUCUCACGUGGGAAUGUCAUUAAGAAUGCUGUUCUGCAACAAGUUCGCAUGGUGAACCCCCUACUGAAGCCAGUUGCCUUUUCAAGAUAUGAGUCUGUUUCACCUGCUCGUAUUGAGGAGCAUGGUUUUGAGAGCACCACAAUUGCAGACAUCUUGAAAGCAAAAGGUAAAGGCGCUGAUGGCUCCUGGCUUUGGUGCACCACAGAGGAUACUGUUUAUGAAGCUGUUAAAUCGAUGACCCAGAACAAUGUUGGAGCAUUGGUUGUUGUGAAACCUGCUGAGGAGAAGUCAAUUGCAGGAAUUAUAACAGAAAGAGAUUACCUGAGGAAGAUCAUUGUGCAGGGAAGAUCAUCCAAGUCCACCAAGGUUGGAGAUAUUAUGACUGAAGAGAACAAACUUAUCACUGUCACCCCGGAUACCAGAGUUCUACGAGCAAUGCAACUGAUGACUGAUAACAGAAUCAGACACAUUCCUGUCAUUGAUGGAAAGGGGAUGUUAGGCAUGGUGUCCAUUGGGGAUGUGGUUCGUGCGGUCGUCAGUGAGCAUCGUCAGGAGCUUGACCGCUUGAAUGCUUUUAUACAGGGCGGUUAUUAGUCUGUAUGAUGAUAUGAUGAUGAAAACCCCCUCAAGGGCACUCAAGCUGAGUUUGAUCAUGUAAUAAGCUUGAGUGCUUGUAAAUAUGUUUUGGUCAGAGACCGUGUUUCCUGUUCGGUUUGUUCGGAUUUCAGUUUUAUGAACAUCAUUUAACUCAUGGAGUAGCUUGUUAAUAAUAACAAACAACUGGAUGCAGUUUGAAUGUC